AUGGACAAAAGAGUUCUACAUAGAUGUGAGGACGAACAUUUAUUUAUAAAUAGGGAGAAGUGCCACUUCAUGGUUACAGAAGGUGUUGUUUUUGGACACAGAGUUUCAGGAAGAGAAACUGAAGUAGGCCGUGCUAAAAUAAAAGCUAUAGAGACGCUACCAUACCCAAAGAUAUUAAAGUUUUGGAAAAACUUUGUUGCCAAACUAAGCCUAAUCCAUCUCGAACGGACUGAUGGACUGGCGUACUGCGGCAGUGACCACUCCUCAUCGGGAACGCAGUCUCCGGUGGGCGGCGCCAGAGAACAGGACUCAUCCUCGUACAUGACGGUGUCGUCGUCGCCGCCGAAGCGGCGGACCGGGAGGACCAAGUUCAAGGAGACGAGGCACCCGGUGUACAAGGGGGUGCGCAGCAGGAACCCCGGGCGGUGGGUCUGCGAGGUGCGCGAGCCGCACGGCAAGCAGAGGAUAUGGCUCGGCACCUUCAACACCGCCGACAUGGCGGCGCGCGCGCACGACGUCGCCACCCUGGCGCUGCGCGGCCGCGGCGCGUGCCUCAACUUCUCCGACUCGCCGCGCAGGCUCCGGGCGCCGCCGCAGGUGCCCAGCCACGACGAGAUACGCCGUGCCACUACGGGAACCAGUCAAGCGUUGUACUUCCAUCCGGGGCCGUCCGUGCAGCGCAAUGCGGCUAGCGAGGCGGCGGUUGUUUCGCCGGUGGACUCGUGGGGCGAGGAGCUCGUCGCCAGCUGCCCUUACUUCCCCAUGGUCAUGGGCGGAUUGGAAUUCGAAAUGCAGGGGUACCUUGACAUGGCGCAGGGCAUGCUCAUCCAGCCACCGCCGUCGGCGUGGGUCGAAGAGGAGUACGCCUACGACUGCGACGUCAGCCUGUGGAUCUACUGAUCGCGCGGGUCAAGGACGACCUGGCUCCGCCGCGCAUAUACAUAAGCCUUAUUAUUAUAUAUGGUCCUCUUGGCCAUUGCAUGCUUAAACAACAGAAAAAAAAUGCUUAAAAUUGGGUUAGUGAUUUACUUCCCGUCUUCAGUCUCGGCUUUGUCUCGAUGAGAUCUUGGA